GUAAGCUUUUUAUUAGAGGGGUGGAUAUUGUGAAAAGAGGUCAAUUUAAGCUUUUCCAUGAUGUAGGUAAGGAAAUUAUAAAUAGAACUUUGAAAGUUAGUAAUGAGGAGACAAUAUACCAGAUUGUUGAAAAAGUUCUUUGGGAAAAUGUAGAAAAACUUUCUAAGUUAGAUUAUGAUGAAUUUAUUCAGACAU